UCUGCAAGUAAUCAAUUAUAGCUACUAUUAACCUUACACAGUUUGUAGUCAGUUUCCGUCCCUCCUUAUCUAUUACGACGUCGCUAGUGACUCACUUUCAAGCUUAAUGGAUCUCACCAUUGGGGACUGAAUAGCGUAGGCAUCGCCCCAUGUCUGCAUAUAUUUCCCAGCAUUUGACAUUUCGAUCUAUUUCCAACGUCCAACAUCACCGACUCCACCAAACGUGGAGCGCUGUCUUGUCUCAUACCUGUCGUAACGCUGCGCUUUACUACUUGCCGGGGAGGCUUUCCACUUGGACUCUACUCUCCACCACACCGCUUCCUUCGAUUCAAAUACUCUUUCUCUGGCCGCCAUGGCAUCUUCAUCGCGAAGCAAAGCAUCUAUGAAAGGUCGACCACAACCGAAACAUGGAAAAAAGACUGCCAACGUCACCUGAAUCUAUAGGUGAGCAGUUUGAGGUACAACUUGAGUGUCAUUCGACUCCUGAAGCACCUCCCUCCCCUGGAGAAUCGUCUGUGGGAUCUCAUCCACUCUCUCCAACCUUAUCAUAUGUUUCUCAUGCAGAUCUAUCUGUUCAUUCUUCUUUGCUAACCAUUCCUCUCCAUCAUGUGCCCAUAAUGAACGACGCCCGUCACCAGCAGGAAGUGGGUCCAUCUAUGAAGCAUCUCAAGCCUCGGAACCACCUGAAGGUUAUACUGAUAUCAACAAUGCCGCGC